AUGGAAAAUUCAUCGGAUUCAGGCAGUUCUAGUUCCUCAGGUGAGAGUUUAAACGAAUUUCAUUUGAAUAUUUUACAAGCGGGCGAUGUCCUGGGCUAUCAGUUCGAACCAAGACGAGAUUCCAACGGCAAUAGUGGUGAAUCAUCGGCUGACAUAGAAGACGAGCGUAUGUCGAUUGACAAUGAGGAACGUUUGGGUAACUUUGACUGGUGUCUAUGCGAACAUUGCCAGAUAAUGGAUAGGGAGGAAGAAUGCGCUGCUUGGUUACAAUACAAACAGGAGUAUGGAAGUAGAGCAGAUGAAGGUCCCGAACACAAAGGCUUUCGGCAGGUCGCAUACCGUCAGCUAGUACGAUGGUGUUGGGGAGUAAUAGAGAAAAAAAUACGAGUUGUUCUUCCAUCUUGUGCUGUUAGCUGUACUCGAGCACACUAUCCACCACCAGGUGAUGAAGAUGACUUUGUGUUUGUUGGAUUUCAUUUUCCUGAUGAAUAG